GGCGACGAUGGCGCCGCUGCGCAAAGUGCUGAUCAGCGACAGCCUGGACCCGGCUUGCGCGCGGAUCCUGCAGGCGGCCGGCCUCCGCGUGCUGGAGAAGGCCGGCCUGGCCAAGGAGCAGCUGCUGGCCGAGAUCCGGGACUGCGACGGGCUCAUCGUUCGCUCAGCAACAAAAGUGACCGCUGACGUCAUCAAUGCCGCUGAGAAGCUGCAGGUCAUCGGGAGGGCUGGCACCGGCGUUGACAAUGUGGACGUAGAUGCCGCAACGAGGAAGGGGGUCCUUGUUAUGAACACACCUACUGGCAACAGUCUCAGUGCAGCGGAGCUGACAUGCGGUAUGAUCCUGAGCCUAGCCAGGCAAAUCCCACAGGCUGCCGCCUCGAUGAAGGAGGGGAAAUGGGACCGCAAGAAAUUCAUGGGGAUGGAGCUUGAAGGGAAGACCUUAGGCAUCCUAGGCCUGGGCAGGAUUGGACGAGAAGUGGCCAUCCGGAUGCAGUCCUUUGGCAUGAAGACCAUAGGCUACGACCCCAUCAUCACUCCUGAGGAAUCGGCUGCAUUUGGCGUUCAGCAGCUGCCUUUGGAACAGAUCUGGCCUCUGUGUGACUUCAUCACGGUUCACACGCCGCUCCUGCCUUCCACCACAGGGCUGCUGAGUGACACCACGUUUGCUCAGUGCCGGCGUGGGGUCCAGGUGAUCAACUGCGCCAGAGGGGGCAUUAUCGACGAGGGAGCUCUACUGCGGGCUCUGCAGUCCGGCCAGUGUGGGGGAGCAGCCCUGGAUGUCUUCACAGAGGAACCACCCAAGGACAAGGCCUUGGUGAACCACCCCAAUGUGAUCAGCUGUCCUCAUCUGGGGGCCAGCACCAGGGAGGCCCAGAACCGCUGCGGCAGGGAGAUCGCCCAGCAGAUAGUGGACUUGGCCCAGGGCAAAGCCCUGAUCGGCGCGGUGAAUGGGCAAGCCCUCAUCAGCGCAUACACGCCCCAUUCAAAGCCAUGGAUCGCGCUGGCUAGAGCCCUGGGUGCCGUGCUGCACGCACUGUCCCAGCAAGUGAACGGAGGCGUGCAGGUCAUCACCCACGGACCAACUUUGCAGAAGGCCGGCAACUACUUGAUCCCUGCGGUGGCCACGGGCCUCCUUAAAGAAAUGGCGCAGAAGGAUGUGAACCUUGUGAAUGGGAUGCUCCUGGCACAGGAGGCGGGGUUGAAGAUCACGACCUCCCACAGCGACGGGACACCGGGUACCGAAGGGGGCCUGCUGAAAAUUGCCGCUCAGGGCACCCCCUGCAGUUUAGUUGGCUCCGUGCAAGGCAGCAUGCUGGUCCUCCACGAACUCAACGGAGCCGUCUUCAAGCAGCUCGUCCCGCUCACCGGUGUAUUGCUGUUCUAUAGAUCCAAAGUCUCCAAUGCCAGUCUGUUGCCAACCAUCGCUGGUCUGUUGGGGAAGGCCCGAGUCGAGCUGCUGUCCUACCACCAUUCCAGCGCCGUCGCAGGAGAGGAGUGGAGCAUCCUGGGCCUGUCCUCUGCUCUACCGAGCCUGCAGGAGCUGAAGCAGCACGUCUUGGAAGUGGCUCAGGUCACUUUGUAAGCCGCCGAGAGAGACCCCCAGCAAAGCAA